AUGGUGACAGCGGAGCAGAACGCAUUCACCUGGACAAGUGUCGGGACACCGGAAAACAAGCGGGGAGAUGCUGAAGCAGUACAGCGGAAGGUAAACGGCACAAAGAGCAUUCCAACCAAUGGAAACGGUACCAGCGACCAUCUCGGGGAGGAGGUGGAGUCUUUCCUGAGUGACGCUGGCCCGCUCCACAGCUUCGAUGACCUUACCAAAGUGAACCCCGUGACCACUGCAACAGUCCUGAAGUGUUUGCAAGCCAGAUACGCCGUGGACGUCUUUUACACCAAUGCCGGCUGUAGCCUCGUGGCUGUCAACCCCUUCCGGCUGGUGCCGCUACUCUACUCGCACGAGCUCAUGAGGGACUACCAUGCUGCCCCCCAUCCUCAGGAAUUAAAACCUCACAUUUUUGCGGUGGCUGAAGAAACCUACCGAAAUGUCAAAAGCCAGAUCCCACCAGUAAACCAGUCCAUAAUCGUUAGUGGUGAAAGCGGUGCAGGGAAGACGUGGACGUCGCGUUGCCUGAUGAAGUUUUACGCUACUGUGGCCUCUUUGUCCUCUGCCCCACAAGGCAGCGUCGAUGUGGAAAGGAUAGAAAAGAGGGUACUGGAUUCGAACCCAGUAAUGGAAGCCUUUGGAAAUGCAUGCACUCUGCGGAACAACAACAGUAGCCGUUUUGGGAAGUAUAUCCAGCUUCAACUGAGCAGAUCUCACCAUCUAACAAGUGCUUCCAUCCGGACGUUCUUACUGGAGAAAACCAGAGUUGCCUAUCAGCCCCCCCAGGAAAGGAACUUCCAUAUUUUCUACCAGAUUGCAAAAGGUGCCACCGAAGAGGAGCGACUUGAAUGGGAUCUUCCGGAAGGGUCAACUUUCUGCUGGCUGCCCAAUCCCAAAAAGGCUCUAGAAGAGGACUGUUUUGAGGUGACGCGAGAGGCCAUGUUCCACUUGGGUAUUGACAGUUCCAUGCAGAAUAAUAUUUUCAAGUUAUUAGCCGGGCUCCUACACUUGGGCAACAUCCAGUUCUCAGAGGCGGAAGACGAGUCGCAGCCCUGCAGAGUAGAAGAUUACACCAAAGACGUUGCAAAGACCGCUUCCAGAUUGCUCAAAGUGCCCGUAGAACACCUCCUGGAAACUCUGAGGAUCCGGACUAUUACGGCUGGGAAGCAGCAGCAAGUCUUCAAGAAGCCGUGCUCCAGGGCCGAGUGUGGGACGAGGAGAGACUGCCUGGCUAAAGUCAUCUAUGCCAAGGUAUUUGAUUGGCUGGUAUCCGUUAUCAAUGGAAGCAUCUAUGCCGAUUCUUCUGUGUGGAGCAAUUUCAUAGGUCUGCUGGACGUUUAUGGCUUUGAGUCUUUUCCUGAAAACCACCUGGAGCAGCUGUGCAUCAACUACGCCAACGAGAAAUUGCAGCAACAUUUUGUUGCCCAUUUCCUGAAGGCACAGCAGGAAGAAUAUGCCGCAGAAGGGCUGGAGUGGUCUUUCAUAAAUUACCAGGAUAACCAAAGCUGCCUAGAUGUGAUCGAAGGCAACCCCAUUAGUAUCUUUUUGCUGUUGAAUGAGGAAUGCCGUCUCAACAGGGCCUCCAACGCCAGCCAGUUCCAGACCCGGAUUGAGGUAGCUCUGUCUGAUAACCAGUGCAUUAGCCGGGACAAGUUUAGUAAGAAGCCGAAUUUCAUCAUUGCUCAUUACGCUGGCAGCGUCUGCUAUCAGGUGGAAGGCAUGGUAGAAAAGAAUAAGGACCCUGUGCCCCCGGAACUGGUGUUGCUGCUUCAACAAUCCCAAGAUACUUUGCUUCAGAAGUUAUUUCCUGUGUCAGCAACGAGCCAAAAGCCAAACCAAAACGAUGUCAAGACUCAGACAAAACCAGCGAUUGUUACAGUGGUGUCAAAAUUCAAGGGCUCCCUAGAGAAGCUGAUGGAGAUCCUGAACAGCACCACCCCUCACUACAUCAGGUGCAUCAAGCCGAAUGCGGAUUGCAAGGCUGCCGUUUUCAGGAAGGACAAGGUUCUGUGCCAGCUGGAGGCGUGUGGCAUUGUGGAAACAAUCAACAUCAGUGCAGCUGGUUUUCCGAUCAGGAUCUCCUUGAGAAGUUUCGUUGAACGGUACGAAGUGCUGAAGAAGUCACGGAAGCACAACUCCAGAACUGCACAGAACGGAAAUGGCUGUUCUCACCACGUGGGAAAUGGCUGGACUCCAACUGAAGACGAUGGCGACACUUUUCGGUCGACUGUUCAGGACGUUCUCCAAGAAGUGUGCCCGAAUGCUCCUCCGCUCCAUCCAGUAGAGAAGAAAUCCUGCGAUGUAGCUGUGUAUUGUGGCAAAACCAAAGUAUUUAUGACUAACUCCAUGCUGGAGCUACUCGAAGGCAGACGAGGCCGAGCCUUAUCCCAGAGGGUUUUCUGCAUCCAGUGCUGUUGGCGCCGGUUUAAGAGGCGGAAGCAGGCCCAGCAGAGACAAGCUGCCACGGCCAUCCAGUCAGUUGUUCGUGCCUGGUUAGCCCAGAGACGUUUCCAGAAACUGCGCAAAGCUGCUACGGUUAUAAAACAGUCAUGGAGAAAAUGGAAGGCAAAGAUGGAUAUGCUGGUUGCGGAGGAACUGGACAACGUCGGAGGGAAGCCCUUUCUCUCCAGAGUGGCUGUUUCUUCAAGCUGGGCUCAUAGCGAACUGGAAAAAUGCAAGCUACCAAAUGCAAUCAUCCAGUUCUGGCCUCUUGGACUGGUGCUGUCGAAUGCUCCUGUGACGCUGGGUGGGUUCCAGAGAGACCUGACCUUCCUGGCAUGCCUCCAAGUCCUCCAGCAGAACCAAUACCACAAGGCCGAGACCAAGAUGGCGGCAAAGGGCAUCACAUCUGUCAGAGCUCUGCCACAGGGCUCAGUCAAGUUCCACUGCAAGAAAUCGCCAUUGCUUUACGCCAACACACAGCCACACAGCCAUGCCUGUGCCAGGACCGGCUUCAACCAAAUUCUGCUUGACGACCACAAGUUGCUCACUGCCUAA